UAUCGAUACGUUAGUCGAAACGGAACAAAAAGUUAGUUUCUCAACCGUAUAUCGGGAUAAAUUCGUGUUGUUGGUUGAUAGAGAGAAAUGCAAACGGUGAACAGUGGAUACAAAUUCCCCAUGAAGUUAGUUCAAGUACACUGAAAUGACAACAAGUGAUUGAUAUUAUUGACGACGGUAUAAUGUGAGGUGAAAAAGAUAUUUCGGCGCGAACGGGAGUGCACUUUGUUGUGAAUACAGGUUAUGUGAACUUCGAAACGCCUGGUCGUUCGCUGUUUCUCUCAAACACCGGCCAGGAUGGGCCAGGGUACAGAUACGUGCACGGACAGGCCUACAGAAGUUAGUGUCAUCAGAUUUGUGUCAAGGAAUCGUACUAUCGAAGAAAUCGUACCGAAAAAGGAAAUAUAUACUUGUAAGCAACGAGGUUGUGGAAAGACAUUCACCAAUCAAGAUGAAUACAAAACACACGAAACUCUUGAGGCUUUAAAAAUUAGAUUCAUUUGUCGGGAACCAGGAUGUGGAGAAGAAUUAUCUGAUCCUGGAAGUAUGUGGCGGCAUUAUCAAGAGUGGCAUAACAAUGAAACAAAUGUAUUUAUAUGUCCAUAUACAAAUUGUGGCUCCUUACAUACAACCAGUAACAAUUUGGAAGAACAUAUCGAAAACUACCACAGACAACCACCAACACUGCCAACUGAACCAGAAGUAAUAUGUUUUGAAGAUUCUGAAAAUGUAAUAGACGAGGAAAUUGUACAAAGUACCGAGGAAUGCUAUGAAAAUAGAAAUGAAACUUUUGCAAUAAAAGGGCAUCAUUACGAUGACAAUAAUGAACAAAAUAUUCAUAGAAAUGACAAUAUACAGCAACAAAAAAAAGAAGCCUCCCAUGAUCAGAGCACUGGAAGCGAUAAUUCUAAUAAGGAAGAUUACUCAUCUAACACAGAAAGCUUAAAUGAAACUGUUACAUUUCCUAUGAAUGAAAAUUUAAUGAUAAAUACAGAAAAUUUUCUGCCCAAUUAUGAAGGCAACACAAAAAGUUCAGAAUUGCAAACAGAUCAUUCCCAAGAGAAAGCUAAUGUAGUUUAUGUAAAUGGUGAUAUUACCAUUACUAAGAAUUCAAAAAACGAAGUAUGUAAUAUGAAUGCAAGAAAUCAAGAACAUAGAAUAGAACUGGAUAAUUUAGAAAGAAUCUUCAGAAGUGAUCUGGAUCGUGAUAUUUCAAAAACCGAGGAGAAUACCAUGGAGACGAACAGUAAUUGUUCGGACGAUGAAGAAUACACGCCAAAAAAACAACGCAUGUCUAGAUAUAAACAGGAAAUUUACAAAUGUGCAGUCAAUGGUUGUGGGAGAAAAUACAAAUACAUAUCCCAUUAUCGUCAUCAUCAAGACAGUCAUAAAUUAUUAACGAACGCAAUUAGCUCAAAUUCUAGCAAAUCAAUAGUAAAAUUGAAGCAAGGAAAAGCAUCGGCAGUCAGUUUUUUCUUAUGCAAGAUUCCUGGCUGUAAAGCACAGGUGAGCAAUGUAACGGGUCUAUGGAAACAUUACCAGGACAAUCAUGCUAAUUCAAAACUGCCAGUAGUACAAGAAGCUAAGAGUACUGAAGUAUUUCGUUGCAAAAUUCCUGGGUGUGAAACAGAAUUUAGUACAACGGUAAUGUUGUACAAACAUUUCAAUGAAGUGCACUCGAAUGGUUCUGGCAAUAAUGCUAGCACAAACACAAAGACUGGGAAUGGGAGUAGUUUUCAUUAUAAUGAAAUAUUCAAAGAUGAUACUACCAUCCUGCAAGGAAACUUUAAGACUGACUUUAAGGCAAAGAAUAAUAUUAAUGCAAAUGACUGUACGAAGAAUACUGAUGAACAAAGAUUAUCAUCAGCCGUUAAGAAAGAAACUCGAGAUUGACUUGAGAUGAACUAGUAUCUAUAAACGUGAUGAUAAAUAAUUGUAGCGAUAUGAAUCAAGAGUAUUUUACUAGGGCCGAAAGUAUUCAAACCAUCAAACGAAUUAUUGUUCCUCUCUCUCUUUAAUGAGCGAUUCCGCUCCUUCUUAUUCUCCAUCUUUUUGACUAGUCAAUUUUUAUUACGCUUUUAUUAUUGAUUUUAAGUGUAAAGGCCCUUGUUAAUUACUCAUAUCUUUAUAUCUCUAACUUUUAAUUAUAGGAAUGCAAAAAUCGAGAUACAACUAUCUUAGAUCAUUAGAGUUAUUCCUUUAUGAUUUUUCAAGUGGAAACAAAAGCAUUGUAUAACGUUUUACAAGCUAAUGCAUUAUUCGAACAAUUUUCAGAUUUUUUUUUAUUUGACAAUUCCAUUUAAAUCUGUAAGAAAUGAAACAAAAAAUGGUAUUACAUUUUACAACAGAAACAUAUGUAUAUUACAGUGUUCUUAAGUAUACCUUAUUAUCAAAGCAUAUUGUACAUUCAACAUAAUUUAUUUUUACAAAAUUAUUACUAAUACUAUUUGAGGUAAAUAUUAAAUCGAUUCAUUUAUAUUUACACAUAAAAAGUUAAUAAUCAUAAUUACCUGGAAAGUAUAACAAGCAACAUAGACAAGUUUAAAGAACUUUCAAUAUUUAAUAGAUACAACAAUGAAUUCAAGGUAAAAGAGUACAGUUUUAUAGAUUAAUAAGCUGGAUUAAUUUAAAAACAGAAGUCAAAGAAGAGAAAAAAGUUGCAGUAAUCCAUAUACGUGUUAUAUAAAAACUUCUAACUUUCCAUACUAAUUUUUACUAUUUUAUAUUAUAUCACUUUGACAUAAUUUAUGUUAGGUAUAUCAAUGUAGUUAUUGUAUUAGAUAUAGUAGAACUAUAAGCAUUGCAUAAGCAUUUUCAUUUGUAUGUCUGUACAUUGAAAAAUAAAGUGCAAUAGUGAGUUAA